UGCAACUUGCUUGUGAAGGGCGAGGUCUUUUUCGGAAACACACGCUGUUCUGUUGAGGCGCGGGGAUGCGCUGAGUACGAGCCGAAUAGGCUCGUCGCCGCUCAAGUAGUAUAUAUGAAGCGCUGAUUCUCCCCAUCUUUCUUCACCAUCCGCAUCACCAGCCUCGUCUUCCACCCAGUCUCAGACCCUCCGAAAAUGUUCGCCUCUGCCCUCGCCCUCCUCGCCACCGUCGCCUUCGCCAACGGCGCCGCCGUCAAGUCCCUCAAGCCCGACGCGGACCCCGUCCAGGGCCAGGGCAACUGGACUCUGCACGCCAUCGCGCCCACCAAGGUUAUCCUCGACGACUCGCCCGUCCCGACGCUCUCGUCCAUCUCCGCGUCUCUCGUGUCGGGCGAGCUCAAGAUGUACUGCCCCUACCCGGACUACCGCGCCCUGCUCGUCCCCGUCGAGGGCACGGACCCGACGCAGUACACGUUCGAGUUCGCGAAGGCGGACGCGGAGCUGGCGGAGGGCAGCAUCACGGAUGGGUGGACGCAGUCGGACCUGACGGACGACUACAAGUUCCCGGACCUGCAGAAGGUGGCGAACUCGAAAGCCGGCGAGGGCGUCUUCGACAUGACUUCCGCCAACUUUGACUUCCCGUCGCUUACCUGGAAGCCGGCGAAAGGCAGGGGAUACGAGGUGGUCCUGGACUACGCGCACGAGCCUACUUGCUAAACGCCAGCGCGCCGAAUGCACUUGGACCAGAGUUGGGCCUUGGGGAUGGGCGCGGAGAACUGGACGUCGU